UUACAAACGACUUUGGUCGGAUAAAUGUCACAAAUAUUUCACAGGUGAAAACCGCGUCAUUUUACUUAGUCAAGUAUUCAAACAGAUGUGAAUUAAAGGUUUAACAAUGCCAGCUGCAACGAAUGACAGUCAAGAGACUGCACUUGAUUGUCUCCAUGACCUUCGAUCACAGCUUGAUGACAUUGGUGAUAGAACAGGUGCUCGUGAUGCUGACCUUGACUUUCUAAAAAGCUUUUUAACAGAUCCUGUUGUUCAAAAAAUUGCACAGGCUGAUGAUGAGUUGAAGCUUCCCAUGUCCAAUCCUCCCAGUGAUGUCAGAGGGGAGAAGUUAUUAGCAGAUGUUAACAAUGUCAUACAGAAAGUUGUAGGAACUGUCAAUGGGAGAGAUCUGGAUGAGAUAUUAUCAGAUCCACAUAUUGGGGCUUUGAUGAAAGCAUAUGAUGAUGUAGCAGACAAAAACUAUGAAGAAGAAUUAUAUGAAACUAACAAGCUAGCUCAGCCUCCUCCACCAGUCUUCAGUGCUGUAGCAGACCAUGUUAGACUUGUCAGUAUCAAGAAGGAUAAAACAACAUCUUUGGGUAUUACAGUGAAAAUAGAUGAGAAUUUUAAUUUGAGAAUUGCUCGAGUUUUAGCUGGUAGUGUGAUUGAUAAACAAGGUAUGUUACAUGUUAAUGACAUCAUAAAAGAAGUGAAUGGGAUACCUGUAGCCACACCAGAACAGCUGAUGGAUAUUAUCAGAGUGGCGGAGAGUGAAAUCACAUUUAAAAUUGUACCAACAAUGCAGGAUAUUAAUUUUAAGACACAGAUGUUUAUGAAAGCCCACUUUAACUAUGACCCUCUGAAGGACCGAUUGAUUCCCAGUAAAGAUGCUGGUCUGACUUUCAGUGAUGGAGACAUUCUACAUAUCCUGACCUCUGAGGACCCUAACUGGUGGCAGGCCAGGAGGGUAGUAAAGGACGGAGAAGGGCCAACAGGACUGAUCCCGUCACAGCAAUUAGAGGAGAAAAGAAAGGCAUUCGUACAACCAGAUUAUGAUUAUUCUAAAAGCAGUUUAUUGUGUGGUCUAAAAAGGAGAAAGAAGAAGAAGAUAAAUUACACAAGCAGUAAACAUAAAGAGUUUGAUAAAUGUGAAAUAACCAUAUAUGAAGAAGUGACUAAAAUGCCCCCAUUCCAGAGAAAGACGUUAGUCUUGGUCGGGGCAAGUGGAGUAGGCAGGAGAGCACUGAAACAAAAGUUACUGAAAGAUGAUCCAAGGAGAUUUGGAGCUGUUAUGCCACAUACAUCAAGAGCCCCAAGAGAAGGAGAAGUCCAUGGUAAGGGAUAUUAUUUUACAGAUAGAGAAGGCAUGGAUGAAGAAAUAAGAGAAGGGAAAUACAUUGAAUGGGGAGAGUUUAAUGGUAAUCUGUAUGGAACUAAACUGGAGUCCAUUCAUAAUGUUACAAUGGAUGGAAAAAUGUGUGUUCUAGAUGUUAGUCCCACUUCAUUAAAGGUUUUGAAGACAGCAGAAUAUAUGCCCUUUGUUGUAUUUAUUGCUGCACCUGGUAUUGAGGCAUUAAAAAGAAUGUAUGAGGAGGGAAGGCGGAGAGGUCUGGUGGGCCGUAAAGGGGCAAGUGGUCAUGGCACUAUUGAAGUUAAAACUGAACAUGAUUUUUACGAGUCGAUUCAGGAAAGUCAGAACAUAGAAAGAGUAUACAAGGGAAUGUUUGAUUUUACGCUUGUCAAUGAUGAUUUUGACGAAACGUAUAGAACUUUGAGACGUGAAUUAGACAAUUUAAGUUCUGAGCAGCAGUGGGUGCCCAUCAAUUGGGUCUAUUAAUUAACCUGUAAAUUUGUACAUUCUUUAUAUCAGCUGCGUCGGAUAGAUAUCGGCCUUAUUCAAGUCCACAUUUACAUAUGCAUGUAUCCAACUUUGAUUAUUUUUAGGAAAAUUCAACAUGUACAUGUACAAAAUAUAAGUUGAAUGUUGGUCUGUGUUAUAUGGUUCUUAUAAUAACUCAAUUUUCAAACAGUUCCAGACUUUUGAUUGAGAUUUAAUUUUAAGCUGAAAUAGGAAAAUAUUUAUAUUCCCUUGCAUAAGGUGGAUUUUUAUCUGACGGAGCCCAUAUCAUAUCAUAUCAAGAGGUUGGUUGUGCAUCAAUAGAGUGCUUAAUGAUAUUGUCAGGUAGUUUGGUUUAGAGGAAAAUUAAAGAUAUUACAACUUUGUAAAUGCAAAGGUAUGGUGAAUCUUGUAUAUUGUACUGAAUGUGUUGGGAGAAAAGAAGUUCUCUUUGAAUUUUUUGCUGGUUUUUCAUAUUUUUAUGAUUUAUUUAUAUAGGAAAAGGCCUAUUGUCAGGUAGUUUGAAUUGGAGGAAAUUUUAAGAUAUUACAAGCUUUGUAAAUGCAAAGGUAUGGUGAAUCUUGUAAAUUGUACUGAAUGUGUUGGAAGAAAAAAAGUUCUUUUUGAAUUUUUUGCUGGUUUUUUAUAUUUUCAUGAUUUAUUUAUAAAGGGAAAGGCCUAUUGUCAGGUAGUUUGGGUUAGAGGAAAUUUAAGAUAUUAAAUGCUUUGUAAAUGCAAAAGUUAUGUACUGAAUUCUGUAAAUUAUACUGAAUCUGUUGGAAGGAAAGAAGCUCUCUUUGAAUUUUUUGCACAGUUUUCAUAUUUUCAUGAUGUAUUUAUACAUUUAAUACAACUUUGCAACAUUUUUUUUCACAAAAUUUUCUACUCAGGUGAGGGGAAAUAAAUUGCUUACAAGUGAAAAUUUAGUUUGACAACAGUAUUUAAAAGACUACAUCAAGGCUGUGAUUUAGAAUUUAAAGUAAAAACUUGCAAAAAUGAAAAUAAGAAAUAUUUGCAAAUGUAUUGGUCAAUUCAAUAUACACCACAAAACAAUGAAUACAUCGGCAAAUAUUCAAAUUCUAUAUAAUGUAUUGUCAUUAAUCAAAACCAAUAACAUUUGUAAAACAUUACCAUUUUUAUGUUUUUUUGUGUAUGAUAAUGUCUUUUAACCAUGUAAUUUGGCCUUUAUCAUAAAUACAGUACUGGUAUGCAUAAAUAUCACAUUUAGAUGUUGUAAUUAAGUGUUACACAUGCUAUAUAUAGAUUUACUUGAUAGUGGAAAGAUUUGUGAUUAUUCAGCUAUGACUGCAUCAAAUUGAUUUUUCGUAAUUUUGAUUUCAAAAGUUAUUCAGGGUUACGAUUUCUGGACUUUUUUAAUCUUUUUUCAAAUACAAGUAAUUUGAUGUGUAUUAAUUGUAAUCUUUAGGCAGCACAUAUAUAUGUAUUAAGUGUCUUACUUAUCAGUGUUUAUCUAUGUAUACAGGAUGAAAAGAGAUCCUCUGUUUCUUUGUUAUUAUUUUUCUAAAUGAGAAGAAUGUUCUUUGCAGUUUAUUACAUAGUGUAAAGUUAUUUGAUAUAAUUUUCACAUUAUACGAGAUGUCUGGCAAUGCCUAUUUUGCAUGCAGAAUUUUUUUUAGCAUUUAUAUUUAACCUCAAGAUGAAUUAUGCAGAAAGCAGUUUUAUACUGGCACUAUUUCAAUUAUAAAUUUACACAAGACUUAUACUGUUUUUGGUUUUUUUUUCUCACUUUUCAAGGUUGUAGGGUGACCUAAAAUUAAUUAUAUCAACUUACAUGCAUGAAGAGGAACUUUUAUAUAUCUCUUUGCAUUUUUAUGUCUAUAAUGUCAACCAAGGCAGUGUGCACUUUUAACAUUAUUUAAUCUCAAAACCUCAUGAUUACUUCUGCACGGUCAUUUUAGACACAAAACUUACAGGAAUUAUUAUAUUUCUCUAUUUUGCUUGAUUGAUCAUAUUUUAUAAUAGCAACAUAAUAAAGGCAUAAUAUAAGGACAAUCUUUUAUAUCAAGGACAUUUUAUUUAUUCAAAAAGAUAAUUUUAUUGGUAAAAAAGGUAAUUCUAUUUAUAGAACAUUAUUUGGAUCAAUUAAUUGUAUUAAGUAAUUAAUAAGUGAAUAAACUAUAUGAAGUUAACAGUAUAUUUGGUUAAAUUGAUAAUAAGAUGUUUUUCUUAUUUCUUAUGUUGUAUUUCUAACUUUAUUGCACAAACAAGAGGAGUUCCUUUUUCUAGCAAGAGGCCAACACACAUUUGAGUCAAUCACAUCCAUUAAGAUUUGUUUCAUUAUAUAUGCAUCUGUAUUUUAUCUAAUUUGAAUAAAUAAACCAUUUUAUGUAAAUUAUGCAGAUAUUCAUCAACAAAUGUCAUGUGAUAAUGGGUUGUUACUACUUUUUUACAUAUCAUGUUUUAUGAUAGGUUGUAAAAAAAACAACAUCUUAAGACACGCCUUUUGGCUAUUAGUCUGCCUUUGAUUGGUUGCCAUACAUAUUUUUCGUAAAAUUUCGAUGACACAAGAGUUAAGGUUUGACUACAAAGUAAUUUCUUAUAAUGACAAUAGGUCAAGUGUUAUGGUAUCCAAAAAUAGCGAUAAGGUCUAUUAUUUAUGUACCCUAAGUAAAAGAUUAGUGUCAAGUCUGAUAUUUGUAACAUAUCAUAGGUCAUGGGUUGUACAUAAGAUUUUUGUAUAUUGAGAAAACAUAUUCUUUUCCAAAUAAUUUCCUUUUUAAUAACUGGAAUUUAUCAGCUAUAUACCUAUAGUGCGUGAUUUUAACAUUUUUUCAUAUACAUGUAUAUUUUUUUUCAGAAAUUUUAGUAUACUUUUUUUUUAUAUUUAAAAUUUUGUCUUCUAUGUAUAUUAUACUUUUUGCUCUCCAUUUCUGGCUGUGAAAGUACAACAAUACACUUAGAACAAAUAUGAGUAAUAUAUUAUUUUUUUAUGAGAGCAGUUCAAGAAACACUACUAAGUUUAUAUAUAUUUUUUAAUUUUUUGAUAACUUUAAUAUUUGUGGAAAUUAUGGUUACAUAGCAAUAUAUUUAAAAAAAAUAUAGACACAUGUAUUGUAAAACACUUACAUUAUAAUUUGAUUUAGACAAUGAGUGUCUGGAAGGGGUUUACAAAAUAGAAAAUAUUGGACUAAAAAAAACAAAGAAUAGAAAAUGAUGAUAAAAAGAAGAGAAUAAUAGUUCUUAUAGAUGAAGAAUAGAGAAAAAUGGCCCAACAAUUAAAGAAUGAAAAACAAAGCCCCUUUCAUUCCAGACUUUCAACUAUUAAAAUAUAAUUAAGUAGUACUAAUCCCUCCAUAGAUUGUCUUGUGUGAUAUAUAUUUUCCCGUAUGCAAAUAAGCUUUCAGAAUUGUAAAAUAGAUGUAAAAUAUUCAAAUUAUAUUUUUUGAUUAUGCAAACCUAUUACAAUAAAACAAUGAUGGUAAACAUG